ACCAGUCCAGAGAAGGCGCUGUUUGGACAGCCUCUGACCCUGUGCCCCCACCUGCAUUACCGAGCAAAUAUUUGUCCGAGUCUGAACAAAGUUAGCAUUUCUAAAGAACCUUUGAAAAAUAUUACAGAGCUGUUGCUGUUUUCCCCACUCUGCUCCUUGAAUUGGCUUCUGCAGAGAGAUUUGUCAUCUGGUCAAAACACUCGCCGCAUUCAGAAGGUGAGAGGAUGAAGCACCUGGCUUGUCUCCUCCUGUUCCUUGCUUCAGAAAUAUGGAGUUUCGACUUAAUCGUGGAAGAAAAUCCAGAGGAUCUGGAAAGCUGGUUUGACUGGGAGGUGAACGGAUUCUUUUCGAGAUCCACUCCGCGGAAUGGCAGGUACCAGAGAAGCACACCCAGCAACGAUGACUCCGGAGAAUCGGUUACGGGCGAGGACAACAUAAUCCUCCACAGCUACAAGGUCAAGUCCACCAUCACAUCGCGCCUGGCCAACACGAUGGUUCAGAGCAGAGUGGAAAACGGCGCCAGGCACCCUCAGAACCUGGUCUUCGACGUGCAGAUCCCCAAAGGGGCCUUCAUCCACAAUUUCACCAUGAAUGUCAACGGCAUCACAUUCACAAGUUCGGUUAAGGAGAAAUCUUCAGCCAGAAGCCAGUACGCGCAAGCCAGAGCCAAAGGCAAAGCUGCUGGGAUACUCAGGAGCAAUGACCUUGACAUGGAGAACUUCAAAGCUGAACUGAAUGUCCCAGGAGGAACCAAAGUGCAGUUUGAAAUUCAUUACCAGCAGCCAAUCCGGAGGAAAUUGUCCACUUACGAGCACGUUGUCCCUCUGCAGCCGGGCAGGCUGGCCAAACAACUGGAGGUGGACAUUCGCAUUAUCGAACCCCAGGGAAUUAACUUCGUCCACAUUCCCAACGCGCUUGGUGAGCAUUUUGCAGGGAUUGCUACCAUCUCCAAAGGAGAGAAAAAGGCACACAUCUCCUUCAAGCCCACGGUGGCCCAGCAACGCAAGUGCUCCAACUGCUCCUUGACUGCAGUCGAGGGCAAUUUUGUGGUGACGUAUGACGUGAACAGAGAUCGCAAAGCUGGGGAACUGGAGAUCUUCAAUGGCUAUUUUAUCCAUUACUUUGCUCCUGAAAAUCUGGACCCUCUCCCGAAAAACAUUCUCUUUGUUAUCGACGUCAGCGGCUCGAUGUGGGGAUUGAAGAUGAGACAGACGGUGGAAGCCAUGAAGACCAUCCUGGGAGACCUGCGCUCCGAUGACAAGUUCUCCAUCCUCGACUUCAACCAUAACGUCCGGUGCUGGAGGGAUAGCUUGGUGGAGGCCUCCAGAAUGCAGACAGACGCCGCCAAGAAGUACAUUGAGGGAAUCCAUCCCAAUGGAGGCACAAAUAUCAAUGAUGCUCUUCUCCGUGCAAUCUUUAUUUUAAAUGAAGCCAACAAAUUUGGCAUGCUGGAUCCGAACUCUGUAUCCAUGAUUGUCCUGGUGUCCGAUGGAGAUCCUACUGUUGGCGAACUGAAGCUGCCGACAAUUCAGAAGAACGUGAAGAAGCAUAUUCAAGAUGACAUCUCUUUGUUCUGUCUUGGGAUUGGAUUUGACGUGGAUUAUGAUUUCCUGAAGAGACUGGCCCAUGAAAACAAUGGCAUGGCACAACGAAUUUUUGGGAAUCAGGAGACCUCUUCUCAGAUGAAGAAAUUCUACAACCAGGUCUCUACGCCGCUGCUCAAAAAACUGGAGUUCAACUACCCCCAGGGUCUGGUGUCCGACGUGACGCACAACACCUUCCAGAACUAUUUCGGUGGGUCAGAGAUUGUGGUAGCCGGGAAGGUGGACACUGUGAAUGUACAACACUUACAGAGUGUGAUCACAGCCACUGCCUCCAAUGCUCAGUUAGUCUUGGAGACCUUGGAAGAUGUCGAGGGACUGGAUGAAUUCCUGAACAACGAUAUUCACGCCGACCCCAAAUUCACUGAAAAGUUGUGGGCCUACAUUACCAUCAAUCAACUUAUGGCUGAGAGGAACUUGGCUCCAACAGCUGCCCUGAAGAGGAACAUCACAAAGUCCAUCUUGCAGAUGUCCCUGGACCAUCACAUCGUGACUCCCUACACGGCCAUGUUGAUUGAAAGCCCAGACGGAGAAGAGCUGAUGCUGGCGGACUCACCGCAAGACCGCAAAAGGGCUUGCUGCCCAGGUGUUUUAACCAUCGGCCAGCCGAAACCUGACAAUUCCAUCCCCUCUUGGGCCAAAACCACCCCCAAAACGAAGGAUACCUUAUCUCUUCUCAUGGGUCCCACGGCAGCAGCUGUGCACGAGGGAUCCUUAGUAAUUGGCCAAGCACCAACUGGCAAUCCCGUCCCAUCUUGGGUGAAGCCCACCGCAAAAACAGGGGGUCCUUUAGCUGCCGUCAUUGGUCCAACUUUGUCUACCGUGCGUGCAGGACCUUUAAUUUUAGGGCAAUCCAGGCCUGAUAAUUCCACAUCCUUGGGUAAGGCUGCAAAGAACCCAGCAGGCAGUAACCGCAUACAUUCAGUGGACAACGAUCCUCAUUUUAUCAUCAAUUUACCAAGGCAACAGAAGAACAUCUGCUUCAAUAUAGAUUCUGAGCCUGGCACAAUCCUGAAUUUAAUUUCAGAUGCUGCAUCUGGAAUUGUUGUCAACGGGCAGCUCGUGGGGGCCAAGAAGAGGGUGAACAAUAAACUGAGCACCUACUUUGGCAAGAUCGGGUUUUAUUUUGAAGACAGACGCCUGAAGGUCGAGGUCAGCACGGAUGCCAUCACCCUGAAGGAUGGCCUCUCCAGCACGUCUCUCUCCUGGUCUGAUACCGGAAGCCUCAUUCGGAGGAGAUUGCGCAUCUCUGUGGCAAAAGAGAGCAACGUCACCCUCACCGUUGACGGGGACUCGUCCUUCAUGGUUUUGCUUCACCGUGUGUGGAAGAAGCAUCCUGCCCAUGUUGACUUCCUGGGUCUCUAUAUUCCGCCUACAAACAACUUCUCAGCGGCUGCCCAUGGCCUCAUCGGUCAGUUCAUGCGCGAACCAGAUGUGCGCGUCUACAACGAACGGCCUGGCCGAGUCCCAGGGAAAUCAGAAGCCACCAUGGACGUCAAGGGCCACAAACUCACGGUCACCAGAGGGCUGCAAAAGGACUACCGCUUGGAUCGCGUGUUUGGAACCAACGUUCAGUGCUGGUUUGUGCACAAUAAUGGGAAAGGUUUCCUUGACGGCUCCUACAGUGACUACUUCGUCCCCACUUUGUACAGCUACCUGAAGCGUCUUUGAUGGGAUCGGGUGCAACCUGGGGUAAGAAACAACCUGCUUCUAACUGGCCAAGGCCUCGAUUCAGUUUCCACAGCAACACACUGGCGAACCUGUCUUUUCUGGUGGCCGACCUUUUCCAAGAGAAAAACAUCGGGAGGUGAUCUACGGCCUGCCAACUAUUUUUUCCUGAAGGUGACAAAGUUCUCCACUCACAUCUGGGAUCCUUGAUGACUAUUCUUGAUGCUGCUGACAGGGCCACCAAGUUUGGAAGGAAGCCCAGAUAAGGUCGGCUGCUGAACACUGGACGUUCACUCUCCUGACAGGACAAAAUCCUAUUUUCAAGCGGAAUAAAAGGCCCUUUGCUAGGA